UUUUACCCAUGAUGCUCAUUCGAAAAAAAGGAAAAACUCCACAAUGUACAUAAUAAUUAGUUUUAAUCACAUUACCUGGCUACUUUUUGCACAUCGGCCAACCCGCCAUAUCGUUACAUUUAAUUUUAUCUGGGUGUUUUUACCAAUAAUUACACAGUAAUUCAUCAUUGGGGGAAAAAAGUUGAAUGGAACAACUGACCAAUAGGCCUGUUGAUAACUACACAAUUUUCAUUUAAUUUAUGAAACUUUUAAUAUUACAAUAGUAUAACUUUAUAUAACUGUAUGCAGCAAUACAUAACAUAGGCCAUGUGAUACACACAUAUAAUUAAUUUAUGUUGCACUAUCAUAUUUUUAUACAUAAUCCAUCAUACUUUCUAAACAUGCAAUUAUAAAGAUAAGUAGCUCUUGCAAAUAACCUACAAUUUUUCAUUGCACAGGUAGGCUAAAGUCAGUGUGCGGUGCUCAUACAAAUCAAUCUGAUCUCGCGAGUUUACUUUCGGCUUCGCUAAACGCAACGAGAGCGCAGCGGUCAGGAUGGUCUUGGAUCAGGCUAUCAAACAAUGCCCCCUUCCUUCAAACACAAGAAUAACCUCUCCCCAAUUUUUACCCCCUCGCUUUGGUUCCAUCUGGAACAGAACAUAAUGGCGGUUGAUGGUGGUGGAGGGAGGAGCUGUGGCGUGCAUGAGCUCAUCUGUGCCAGAAGAGUGUCUCCAGAGCUGCUAGGAGUCCUAUCCUCCAUUGCGGCAUUCGUGGCCUUGAUGGCUCUAUUUUUUCUUUACGUCAGCAACAAGCUGUCAGUGGAGAGUGCCAGCGAGCUGCCAUGCCUCGACGACUAUAGGCCCAACCAGCAAGCCAGAGCCUGUGAUGAGAUGAUGAGAUAAUCUAGAACCCACCAGACAGUGUGGAGAAGGACAGCCACCACAGCCGUCAGCAAGUCCACCCAACAUGGCGUUCUUCAAGAGCUUUGGGCAGAACCUACCAUCUGUAAACAUCUCCUCCAUCUUGGAUUCAGUCAGCAGCAGAGUGGACGACCUAGCCAGUGCUGUCAGUGAUGCCACCUACAGCGUCAGUGACCAGCUGACCGAGCUCAGCGACCAGGUCAUCAAGAAGGUGCAGACGGAGGAGGAGGAGGCUGCAGAAGCGACAGAGGGGGCCCAGGACAGCAAGGAAGGAAAGGCCCAGGAAGGGAUAGCAGACUCAUUCAGGAGCAAAAUCAAGAGGCAGGCUUCUGAGGCCUGCUCAAGCUUGGCAGACUACAGCUCCAACCUCAGCCAAUCCAAUGACUCGAAGAAUAACCAAUCAAGUGACGUGACAGCAGAGGACUAUGUUCCAGCCCAAUUGGAAUGGGUGUGGAAAGAUGGAGGCUGGCGAGUGGUAAAACCAGGGGAGAGUUCUGCAGAGGACAAGGAAAAGGAGGAGAAAAGGAAGGAGGAAGAAAAGACGAAGAAAGAGGAGAAGGAGAAGAGAAAGGCAGAGAAAGACAAGAAGAAGGAGGAGAGGCUGAAACAGGAGGAAGAGAAGAAAAAUAGCCAUCAAGAGACCAUUGAGGAAGAGCCUGAAGAUAAAGAAACCAGCUCAUUGCCGAAAGAGACCCACACUGCUAGUCAGAACAAAGAGGGCCAGAAAGAGGACAAAUCCAAUGGGGUCCACCAGAGUGACGACCAUAGUGAUCCACCGCAAUCUCUUUGCCCUGAGGAAGAGUCGAGAGCAUCCCAAAAGAAAAACAAGGGGAAAGCUGAAGAGGAGGAAGAGAAUGAGAUGAGUCCCGAGGGAGAUGGAGAGACUGAACCUGCUAUGUCUCCCGCUUCUGAGAAAAAUAAGAAAAAGAGUGACAAGAAGAAAGAGAAGAAAGAGAGCAAGAAGACAAAUAAAGAGGAUAAAGAGCAGAGCUGCCCAGAGCGUGGCUCUGAGGAGGACAGUGAAGAGGACAGGCCAGGGGGACACUCUAAACCCUCAGCCCAGCACAGAGCCUCAGUCUGGGACAACCGACACAAACACACCAGCGACCACAGCAGUGAGGCCUCCGCCGGACAAGCCAACAGCAUCCAGCGGAUGAGACGAGGCUCUCCCCUCAACGAGCUCCAGCCACCCCCGUAUCAGGACGAGAAUAGUCCGGUCCGGGUGUCUCGCUCGCGUUCUGGGGCGGGGGGUCUGGGGGAGUCGUCCCCAGACGUUAAUGGUACACAGCGCUCCAGUGAGGCCAGCGUUGACCCGGACACUGAGAGUUACCUCAACAAGGGCUAUGAUGAGGAUGUACCUAGUGACAGCACUGCCGUCCUGGGACCAGAGGAUGGUUCAACCUCCCAUCUUCACGUAGGUUAUGAGCCGGAGCCGCUGGCCAAGUUUGGCACACUGGACGUGGCCUUCGAGUACGACUCGGGCGAGCAACGCCUUGCCGUCACUGUCACCGCAGCAACCGACAUCCCCGCACUCAAACAGACAGGGAACAUUGCGUGGCAGGUGCACCUGGUGCUGCUGCCCACUAAGAAGCAACGGGCCAAGACGGGGGUGCAGAGGGGGCCAUGUCCCAUGUUCACAGAGACCUUCCGCUUCACCCGGGUGGAGCAGGGGGCGCUGGCGGACCACGCCGUCAGGUUCCGUCUCUACAGCGUUAGGAGGAUGAAGAAGGAGAAGGUGCUGGGAGAGAAGGUGUUCUACUUGACCAAACUCAACCUGCAGGGCAAGAUGGCGCUGCCCGUUACACUGGAGCCUGGCACAGCACUAACGGGCUGUGGGUCGUUGGUGAGUGUGUCUCGCAGCGUGGCAGCUUUGUCCUACCGCUCUACAUGGGACUCCACACCAGAGAUCUUGCUGGGCCUCAUCUAUAACUCCACCACUGGCAGGCUCUCUGCAGAGGUCAUCCGGGGCAGACAGUUCAACAACACAGCCUCAGACAAACCUCCCAACGGUCUGUUUUGUUGUAUAAAACAGCUAAUAGGGGGACAACUUUAUAUCAUGAGAGACACCUACGUAAAGCUGACUAUGCUGGACUCCAAGGGCAAGGAGAUGUCCAGGUGCAAGACGUCGGUGUGCCGCGGUCAGCCCAACCCCACCUACAAGGAGACCUUUGUCUUUCAGGUGGCCCUCUUCCAGCUCUCCGAGGUUUCCCUGGUGGUGUCGGUGUACAGCCGAAGGAGCAGCAUGAAGGCCAGGGAGAAGGUGGGCUGGCUGUCCCUGGGGCUCAACAGCACUGGAGAGGAGCAGCAGGCACACUGGAGCCAGAUGAAGGAGGCCGAGGGACAGCAGGUGUGCCAUUGGCACACGCUCUUGGAAUCUUGAACAGGUCUUGAUGAGAAUCACCAGAUUUGAUCUUGUUAACAAAGAAUAAUCUGUAUAAAUAUAUGUGAAAUUAAAUGGUUAAAUAGGAGGAGGAAUACGUUGGAGGAAGAGGAAGAUUGCGGGGUAUGUUGACCUCAGUGUCGAGAGAGAGAAUGGGUUCCAUGACCUUCAUUCAGAGAAGCAGACGAGAAGCUGUGAGGAACCAUCCACCUAUACUAUGCACCUGGUGUGGGAUGUGUGUGAGGGUACAGCACUUUGAGGAGCACGUGGAUUCCACUUUGAGUCUCCCGUUCACUGACAGCUGCUUUACUACUCUUUAAUCUGUAAACCAGCCACUUAAUCUGAGACAGACAGGUCUGGUUGACAGACUGGUCUGGUGCUAAACUCCCAGCUCCAGUCAUGGUCGAUGGGGUCAUUAAAUUAGACUCAUCUUUGUAAUAACCUCAACAGUGAAAUGGACACCUCUGGCCAUGAAAUGGACACCUCUGGCCAUGAAAUGGACACCUCUGGUCAUGAAAUGGACACCUCUGGUCAUGAAAUGGACCAUUCAGUCUCAGAUUGAGAACAAUUUUGUCAUUAAUUUCCCAGAUUCUGGUCCACAAUAGUAUAUCUUCAUGUAAUUGUUUACAGAAGAUGAUCAAAAUACGACCAUACAUACAGCAUCUCCUACAAUGGACCAUUUUCAUCCUGAACCGAAGACCAAAGAGUGUGGAGAAGAACAACGACUUCAACAACCGUUCUUCCGGGGUUGUACUGACCAUAAAAAUAGAAUGACUAGAAGGGACAAAGCCCCUCAGACAUGGCAAUUUGACUGGAACAACUCACGGGUUCACUCAAUAUGGCUGACAAUUCUACGGUACUGUCCUCAAAUGACACCAGCAUAUCAGACAUUUCUCAUCUGAAGCUCGCAGCCAUCGACAACGAGGAUAAUGCAAUGGAAUAGUGUUACCAUGACUGUUAGAGCCAGCUGGGCCUGUAACAGUCUGCUACAACUACAGUGCCUAGAUAGUCUACAACCCCUUUGGAUUUCUUAAACUGUUAUUGUGUCACAAAGUGGUAUUAAAAUGGAUUUUAUUCCAUUUCUUUGGUCAACGAUCUACACAAAAUAUGAUGAAAUGUCAAAAUGUAUUUUUAUUUUUUAGGAUUAAUGGGGAAAAAAAGUGCAAUACUUGACUAUUGACUUCUAUAUAUUGUGCUGUAUGUAUGGGGGACAGAGGAAGGGGUAGUCAUUAAAAAAUAAUGUCAACUACUAUUAUUUCACACAGUGAGUCCAUAUAACUUAUGUGAUUUGUUAAGCCACAGUUUACUUCUGAACUCAUUUAAGCUUGCUUAAACAAAGUGGGUGAAUACCUAUGCAACAACUGUAUUUUCGUUAUUUCAUUUGUAUUCAUUUGUAAAAAUGUGUAGAAUCUUUUAAUUUUGACAUUAUGGAGUAUUUUGCAAUUAAGUAUUUUUCAAUCCCACUUUGUAAUGCAACAAAAUGUGGAAAAAAGUUCAAGGGGGUUUAGACUUUCUAUAGGCACUGUAUGCUAAUGAGCAAUGCUUAUUUAUUCACUGUUUACAUUCUCGUUACAUUAUGCAAUAUCCAUUUGACAGACUAAUUUUUCGUCUUAUUUUAGGGGUUUCUUUUUACGGCUGUUUCAUCUCCCGAUGCAUUGUUUGUUCCACGUCUUUUUGUUGUGUCUGAAUCAUCGUUUGAGAAUAGAAAAACUGUAUUGGU